AUGGCCGACUCUACGAACGGCAAUUCCGCUGCCACCAUCUCUAUUACUGUUGAAUUCACCGGUGGCCUCGAAAUCCUUUUCUCCAAUGAGCGUGAACAUACCAUCACACUUCCUGCUCGCUUGAGUGACGGGAGUCAACCGACAAUUUCAUACUUACUUCAACAUCUGGUGGAACAUGUUAUGAAGGAUGAUCGGAAAGGGCUCUUCAUUAUGGAAGACAAUGUGCGGCCUGGAAUUCUCGUCUUGAUCAACGACGCCGACUGGGAGCUUGAAGGCGAGGAGAAUUACGAGCUUCAACAGGGUGAUAAUAUCGUCUUUGUCUCAACCUUGCAUGGAGGAUAG